AUGGCUGUACAGACACUAAUGGCAUCAGAUUUGUACUCUUGGUGCUCUGACAAUCUUGUGACAGAUAAAUUCCGAUGGACUUCAGGUCUGCGUUUACAAGAGUUAAUUCCCUUGGAACCAGCAGUAACAAGUAAUUCCACAGAUGUUGGCCGAUCCAGACUUGUAAUUGGACACAAUGUAGCUUUUGACAGAUCAUUUGUAAAAGAACAGUAUAAUUUAGAGAAAACCAAGUUGAGGUUUAUGGAUACUAUGUCAAUGCAUAUAGCAGUGUGUGGCCUAACCAACUUACAGCGUGUCUUGUAUCAGGCUGCUAAAAAUGACAGUCAACAGAAAAUUGUGAAAGAAUAUGAACAACGAAACAAGCAAAGAAGAGCAUUUGUUACUGAUGACUGGAAGGAAAUGAGCUCAUUAAAUAAUUUAGGAGACGUGUACAAUCUUCAUGUUGGAGAUAAGAAAAUUGAUAAAGAUCCUCGAAGUAUAUUUGUUGAAGGUUCUACAGCUGAUGUUAGAGCCAAUUUUCAGGAGCUAAUGUUCUAUUGUGCAGGAGAUGUACAGGCAACUUACAAAGUCUUCCGGGUUCUUUGGCCACAGUUUAAUGAAAGAUUUCCUCAUCCGGUGACAUUGUCUGGUAUGUUAGAGAUGGCGACUGGUUAUCUGCCAGUUAACCAGAACUGGGAACGUUAUAUACACCAGUCUAAUGCUGUGUACGAGGACAUGGAACGGGAGACAAAACAACUUCUCAUGAGGCUAGCAAAUGAUGCUUGUGAAAAAGCAAAUGAUGAAAGCUAUAAAAAAGACCCCUGGUUAUGGAACCUAGACUGGACUAUGAAAGAGUUCAAAAUAAAGAGCAAAAAGAAAGAGCCGAAAAAGAAACAAAAAGAGGAGCAAAGUGAGUUGGAAUCGGUUGAAGAUAUUGACUGCAUACAGCAAGUGUUGAAACAGGAAGAUCUACACUAUAAAAAUAAUACGUACAUGAUGGGCUAUCCUGAAGUUUUUGAACUAAAGAUGGACAAGAUGCUGAAUGGACUUGUAAAUGCUGGCCCCAAAUCGUACAAACAUCGUAAAGAAGGUGAAGAUCCUAAGAUUAAAAAAGCAGCCAAGGAAAGAAGAUCAAGAAAACGUUUAAAACAUACAGGGGAUGGACCUUAUGACAGUGUAAAUAUUCCAGGCUGCUGGUUCUUUAAAAUUCCUCACAAGGAUGGGAAGGGUAAGAGAGUUGGUAACCCUCUGGCAAAAGAUUAUGUUAAUCGUGUUGAAGAUGGGACACUGUCAGCCCAGUCAGGUCCAGGUGCAGAUCUCGUCCUGAAAUUAAACAAGUCAUCUAACUACUGGAAAAUGAAUCACAAGCGCAUUGAGUCACAGAUGGCAAUAUGGUUUUCUGAUGAGGAGAUAUCUGACCAUAUCAAACAGGCACCAAAUUAUGUAGAGGGGAGCCAAAUAGGAGCAAUAGUUCCAAGAAUUGUCCCUGCUGGUACAAUUACACGGAGGGGUGUGGAACCAACCUGGCUGACGGCUAGUAAUGCAUAUGUGGACAGAAUUGGGAGUGAGUUGAAAUCAAUGGUGCAGGCACCACCAGGAUUCUGUUUUGUAGGGGCUGAUGUUGACUCACAGGAAUUGUGGAUUGGUGCUAUUCUAGGGGAUGCCAACUUUGGAAAGACACAUGGUUGUACAGCUCUAGGAUGGAUGACACUACAAGGCAGUAAGAAAGAGGGUACAGAUCUACACAGUGUGGUUGCCAAAACAGUUGAUAUCUCUAGAGACCAUGCCAAGGUGUUUAACUAUGGGCGUAUAUAUGGGGCAGGCCAGACGUUUGCACAGAAGCUUCUCCAACAGUUUAACCAUAGACUUACAAUAGAAGAGGCAAGACAGAAAGCCAAACUGAUGUUUGCUACUACAAAAGGCAAAAGAUGCUACCGAACAGGGCUGUGGAGUGGUGGGAGUGAAAGCUCUAUGUUUAACAAGCUGGAAGAAAUUGCUAAACAAGAGGAACCCUGCACUCCAGUACUGGGCUGCCGGAUCAGCAAGGCCUUAGAACCAGAAAAUGUCAGCGAAGAUUUUAUGACAAGUCGUAUAAAUUGGGUCGUACAGAGUUCAGCAGUGGAUUAUCUCCACUUGAUGCUAUCAUGUAUGAGUUGGUUGUUUGAAGAGUACAAUAUCAAAGGACGGUUUUCUAUUAGUAUUCAUGAUGAAGUCAGAUACCUGGUGGCUGAGGAGGAUCGUUACAGAGCAGCUCUAGCUCUACAGAUCACCAAUCUACUAACGCGUUCAAUAUUUGCAUACAAACUUGGUCUUAAGGAUCUGCCUUUGACUGUGGCUUUCUUCAGUGCUGUUGAUAUUGACCAGUGUCUGCGGAAGGAAGUAAACCUAGAUUGUGUCACACCAUCAAACCCACACGGACUUGAAAAGGGCUAUGAUAUACCACAAGGCACAGCUCUAGAUAUACACCAGAUAUUAGAGAAAACAGGAGGUAGUCUAAAUAAAGAUGUACUAGAGACUGAACAAAACAUGACACAGUUUAACGAUACUGAAUUUAUUGAAAGCAGUGGAGGCAGUUCCGAAGAGAAUAUGGAAAAUAAUGAAACUAUCUCUGGGACAGUUCAUGCAUGAACUACAUGUACUUUAAUUGCUAGAGAAGAUGCAAGAAAUAUGAUUAAUUUUGGACAGCUACUGAUUUCUCCUUUAUUUAGGGACAUUCAGGUGCCUCACAAUGUUAACAGUUGUUUUGAGUGGUAUUUGGUACUGCAAUGAAGCAUAAUUAUACAUGUGUAUAUUAUUAUACCCCCCAAAUGAAGUUUAGGGGGGUAUAUAGGAGUGGAGUCACUCGGUGGUUGGUCAGCCAAUCCAGCCGUCCGUUGCAUUUUCCUUGUCCGGAGCAUAACUUGAAGACUAAUGGUUGAAAUUCAAUACAACUUCAUACAAUGGUCAAGCACAUUGAAAGGAAGUGCAGUGCACAAGAACCAUAACUCCAUAUUCACUAAUUACAGAGUAAUUGCCCUUUGUUACUUUUCCUUGUCCGGAGCAUAACUUGAAAACUACUGGUUGGAAUUCAAAACAACUUCGUACAAUGGUCAAACACAAUAAGGGGAAGUGCAGUGCACAAGAACCAUAUCUAAAUUAAUUACAGAGUUAUUGCCCUUUGUUACUUUUCCAUUUUUGUGCCCCCACUUUAGUGGCGGGCAUUUAGAUUUGCCCUUGUCCGUUCUCUUUUGUGUCGCACGUAACUCUAAAAGUAUUUGACCUAGAGUCAUGAAACUUAACAGGAAUGUUGAUCAGCUGGUGCCCUUGACUUAGUAAAAAUUUGCAAUUUUUUAACUUGUGUGGCACGUAACUCAAAAAGUAUUUGACCUAGAGACAUGAAAAAUUACAAGAAUGCUGCUCAGCAUAAGUAUGUAGUUGUGCACCUGGGUAUUUUUGUGUGGAUAUAUUUAGUAUUUAUAGAGUUAUUGCCCUUGAAUUAGUAAAAAUUUCCAAUUUUCAACUUUUAGUGUCGCACGUAACUAAAACAUUAUUGGACCUAGAGUCAUGAAACCUUACAGGAAUGUUGCUCAGCAUUUGUAGUUGUGCACCUGGGUAUUUUCAUGUGGAUAUUUUUAGUAUUUUUAGAGUUAUUGUCCUUGACUUAAUAAAAAUUUACAUUAUUCAACUUGUGUUGCAUGUAACUCAAAAAGUAUUUGACCUGUAGGCCUGAAAGUUUACAAGAAUGUUGGUCAGCAUGUGUACUUAUGCACCUUGGGGUUUUCUUUUGGAUUAAUUCAGUAUUUGUAGUAUUUGCCCUUUACUUAAUAAAAGAUUUUUAGUUUUUAACUUGGGCACAUGUAGCCAAAAAAAAAAAUUUGACCAAGAGACAUAAGAUUGACAAAUCGGUUGAAUUUGGGGGCGUCCGUGUCCUAUUGACACAUUUCUAGUUUCAAUUUUUGUUUUACUUUAUUUAAACCACCUGUGUCUAUGCAAACGUAAAUAUCUUUGUUAUUUUUGAUCAUCCCUCAUAUAAAAAUUCUUUUGGAAAAUGAAAUCUUAACACAAAGAAACUUUAUAGCAAAGAAAAUAAUACAAUAAUUUUGUAUUUAAAUAGACAAAUAGAGCAUUGUACUUUAAUCAAUAAGGCUGGAAUUUUAGUAUUAUUCUGUUGUGUUUUAUAUUAUGCUAAUGAUAUUAAGACAAAGUGUUCAUAAUUUUGCAGUAUAUACUAUAAGCAUUGAAUAUGGGCAUUUAUAUAAAUAUUUGUAUUCAACAAGAAUUUUUUGAAAUCUUCACAUGUUGUUAAAAACCAGAUCUGCUUAUGAAACCAUAAUUUCUGUGGUAUCAUUUUUGUUUUCUUGCCUUACUUGUGAGUUAUAUUUGUUUAUACACAUAUAUAUGAAUUUUUGAGUCAGUUAUUUGCAUUUUGUUACAAUUUAUAUUUGUCAUUUGUAAUGUACUUUUUACAUUUUUUGUGAAAUAUCUUAUACAAGGUUAAGUGUUCCCAGUUAGCAAUACAUUGUAUAUAUAUUAUACUGUUAUUAUAGUUACAACAAACUUUACAACAUACUUUCAUUUGAAAGAUACUCUAAUAAAGUGUUCACAUUCAUUAAUAAUUUUUUAUAAUCUUUUUUUAUUUUUCAUUAAUAGAUACCAUACCAAGAAAAUGUACGCUUCCAUUUGACUGGUCAUUUCAAAUAAUUAUUGUCUUUUAUGGACCUAGGGCAGCGUUUUACUAACGUACUUACGCCUAAGAUUUGCGUAAGUUUAAACGUAAGCGUAAAGUUAUGAUAAUUCUUACGGAAAAACUUAUGUAAUGUUAGUAAAACGCUGCCCUAUAGUUUAAUCUUUAUUAAUCAAAUCUAUGAAAAAAUAAAUAAUAAUCAUGGCAGUAGCAAACAUUAUUUUAUGUCUAGAAAGACUUUAAAGUAAGUACAUGAAUAUUAAUAAUUCUAUUUUAUUACAUGAUAUUAUAAAGCCAAAUAUAAAAAAAACAUCAGAAAAGGUGCAAAAGAUGAGGACAUUACCCAUUUUUGUAACCAGGAUUUUAUUAGAAAGACCCUGAUUUAACACGUAGUAAAGUUGAUGAUGCAGGAAAUACAAGUGCUUGAAAAUGUUUAUUUUCUAUGGUGUUACAUGUUGUUGAGCUGAAACUGGUAAAACAUACCAGAAGUAUUUCAAAACUUGUAUUCAAAUUAUGUUUUUUUUUUCAUACCCUUGUUGUUAUAAUUACCAUUUUUAGAGAAAGUCUUAGCAAAAAAAAAAGUGUCACAUUUUUAUUACAAGAAAAGGAUAGAGCAAUGGUCCCUAACAUAAUACAUUCAGCAUUGUUUAGGUAGGAUAUCAUGCAAUAUCAAGCCAAUUUGUUCAUUGAUUUCACCACAAAUUUGUAGGUACUGACUUUUUUCUCAUGUAAGCAUAUUUUAGACUUAAUCCCCAUAAAAAAUACAAUAUUUUUCACACCAGCAAGAUAAAAGUUGAGACAUUUAAGUUAGAACAGCAUUCUUUGUAGCUUUGCAAGCAUCAUUAAGGCUUUAUUUAAUACAUCUUACAAGAUUAGUGUGUUUUUAACAUUUCACACAGGAUUUAUAAGCCUUAGAAGAGAAUAGGUGAUAAAAGUGUUACAUAAUAGAUGUACUGGUAUUUCCCAUGACUCAACAAAAAGUAUGAUUGGUUGGCAUUUAUGUAUGUAUUAAUUGUAAGCUCUACAGACUCGUGAAACAUUUAAAUAUUAACAGUCUGAUUGACUAUUAGGAUCAUGUUGUGAAGAAGCCAUUGUGGCUUUCAGUGUUGUUGUAUUUUUCGACUCCUUCAGGAUUAUUGAUUUAAAUACUUUAUUGUAUAAGAUUAAAGAUACAGGUUAAGCCGGUGCUAGGGGGUAGGGGUGCUAAGGGGCAUGAGAGUUUCUUUCCAUUAUCUCUAAUGAACAUACAUACAACCAAGUCUGCAAUUUUCCCAACAGAAAUAUGUGAAAAACAUUUUCUAUUUACAUGAAACAAUUGUAGAUCAACGAAGUGUCAACAUGGCUUUAAUUGUAAUUGAUAAUGAGCAAAAGUGAAAAAUUUAAAUAACCAGACCUGAUAAAUAUUAUAAUUUCAUUAUUUUUAUUGUUAAAGGGAAUGAUCCGAGCUUUUGUUGUUUUUGUGGGGUUUUUUUUACAUGAUGAGACUGAAAACAUUUUUUGGAGAUUGUUUAUAUUUUUAUCCAUUAUAAGUUGAUUUAAUACAUUGUAACAAAUGUUACAAUUUCAGGCAUUUAAUCCACAGUGGAGGUCUUGUUUCUGAUGUUGUAUUUGAUUCCUGAAAUCAUUUUUUGUAUUGAUUCUGUUUGUCAAAUGAUAAGAUAUUCUUAUUUCAUUUAAGUUGUCAUUAUUGUUAUGCUCAUUAUGUAGAAUUAUCUUGUCAAAGUACAGUUUAAAGUGGACUGGUCAAUAAUAGAAUGUCUCCAUGA